AUGGCGCAGAAAGUAUCCAAAUUGGUCGACAACGACCGAAUUCAAUCCGCAACUCUCCACCAUCCUUUACCUAUAUAUUUCAAAACUUAUGUUUGGCCCUUCCUCAUCCUAUGGCCCAUUUUCCUCGGGUUUUUUCUCAACGAAGAUCUUUACGAUGAAUACAUCGAUGGUCCAGAGUGGACUUUCGUCUUUGUCGCAACUAUUGUGACCUUACAGUCUCUAGCUUGGCUUGUCACCAAAUGGAAUGUCAAUUUACAAGCGGCAUUCACCACUAGCCCUGCCAGUGAAGUCGAGGUCGCAGAGCUGAUCAAGGUCGUUCCAGUCGUCAACUCGGGUGCUCCAGCGAUUGUCAAGAUUGAUUACGAAGAUGGUAGAUGGUCCUUUCUUUUCCAAAAGCGACGAUUCCUCUACAACCCUGAGAAAGGGACUUUCGCCCCCUUGGAAUAUGCUUUAGACGCUGACAAGAAACCCUUGUUGCGCGACUUCCAACUUUCGCAAGGUCUUACUACCGAGAAAGAGAUUGAAGAUAUUCAGAGACAUUAUGGUGACAAUACCUUCGACAUUCCUGUGCCCGGAUUUGUGGAAUUAUUCAAGGAACAUGCAGUGGCUCCCUUUUUCAUCUUCCAGGUCUUCUGCGUGGGUCUAUGGCUUCUCGACGACUAUUGGUACUAUUCAUUGUUCACUCUGUUCAUGCUGGUGGUUUUUGAAAGCACUGUUGUCUGGCAGAGGCAACGAACCCUGAACGAGUUCCGAGGUAUGAGCAUAAAACCUUACGACAUUUGGGUUUAUCGUUCCAAGAAGUGGAUCGAGAUCAAAAGCGACAAGCUGCUACCGGGUGAUUUAGUUUCUGUUGGUCGCACCCAAGACGAUUCCGGUGUUGCUUGUGACAUGCUUCUCAUUGAAGGAACAGCCAUUGUUAACGAAGCCAUGUUGUCGGGCGAGAGCACACCUCUUUUGAAGGAAUCGGUCCUCCUUCGUCCAGGAGAUGUUGCUAUUGAGCCAGAGGGUCUUGACAAGAAUGCUUUCCUUUUCGGCGGUACCAAAGUCCUACAAAUUACUCAUCCGGCUGCUAGUGAUGACAUUAAAGACCCCGUUGCAACCGUCAAAUCAGGAGUGCCCCCGCCUCCGGAUAAGGGAGCUCUGGCGGUUAUUUUGAAAACAGGCUUUGAGACUAGUCAGGGAAGUCUCGUCAGGACCAUGAUCUUCUCAACCGAACGUGUGUCAGCAAACAACGCCGAAGCACUAUGGUUCAUCUUAUUCCUUCUUAUCUUCGCUUUGGCCGCUUCAGGGUAUGUAUGGCAAGAAGGUGUUCGCAACAACAGAAAGCGCUCAAAGUUACUACUCGACUGUAUCUUGAUCGUGACUAGUGUCGUUCCUCCAGAGCUUCCCAUGGAGCUUUCAUUGGCCGUCAAUACCAGUCUUGCCGCAUUGAGCAAAUUUGCCAUUUUCUGCACUGAGCCAUUCCGUAUUCCCUUUGCCGGUCGGGUUGAUGUCGCUUGUUUCGACAAGACCGGAACACUCACAGGUGAAGACCUGGUUGUGGAUGGUAUUGCAGGACUCGGACUCGGACAAAAGUACAUCAAGGCAGAAGCUGAUGGAGCGCAGUCAAGCAUCAUGAAAGUUCCUGAAGUCGGGAUCCAUACCACACUUGUUUUGGCUAGCGCUCAUGCCCUUGUCAAGCUUGACGAGGGAGAUAUUGUUGGAGAUCCAAUGGAAAAAGCGACGCUCAAUGCGCUCAAUUGGACCCUGGGCAGUAACGACACUCUGUCAAGCACAGCACCAUCAAAGUACAAAAAGGCCGUCCCAAUCUCAAGUGCUGCUCAUGUGGUUCAAAUCAAACGUCGCUUCCAGUUCUCGUCUGCGCUCAAACGACAGAGCUCUGUCGCUUUCGUAUCUAUGACGGAUCCCAGAACUGGUCGUAAAGCGAAGGGCACCUUUGUCGGCGUUAAGGGGGCACCGGAGACUAUUCAAAAAAUGUUGGUCGAAACCCCUCCGUACUAUGAGGAAACGUUCAAAUACUUUACUCGAAAUGGUGCUCGUGUCCUCGGGCUUGCCUAUAAGUAUCUCUCUACUGAAGCCGAACUUGGUCAAAAACGCAUCAAUGAUCUCAAGCGAGAAGAGGUAGAAUGUGAUCUUCAUUUCGCAGGUUUCUUGGUGCUUCAGACACCACUCAAGGAAGACGCGAUCAAAGCAAUUCAAAUGCUGAACGCAAGCAGCCAUCGCGUGGUAAUGAUUACAGGAGACAAUCCUUUGACGGCAGUUCAUGUGGCAAAGCAGGUGGAGAUCGUCGACCGGGACACCCUGAUUCUAGAUGCACCUGAACACGACGAUUCUGGCAGCAAGCUUGUCUGGCGUAGUGUUGACGAAAAGACUAUCAUUCCUGUGGAUCCUACCGCGGACCUCGAUCCACAAAUUCUCGAGCACAAAGAUCUAUGUGUCACUGGAUAUGCUUUGGCCAAAUUUACUGGACAAAAAGCCUUCCUCCCUUUGCUCAGACACACAUGGGUUUACGCACGAGUUUCACCAAAGCAAAAAGAGGAGAUUCUGAUCGGUUUGAAAGAUCUGGGCUAUACUACACUGAUGUGUGGUGAUGGUACUAAUGAUGUUGGUGCCCUCAAACAAGCACACAUCGGAGUCGCUCUCCUCAAUGGUUCACAGGACGAUCUCAAUCGAAUUGGAGAACAUUUCAGAACGACCAAGAUGAAGGAGAUCUACGAGAAGCAAGUCAGUGUGAUGAAACGAUUCAACCAGCCUGCUCCUCCUGUACCGAUCGGUAUUGCCCAUCUGUAUCCUCAAGGUCCAAGCAAUCCACACUAUGAAAAGGCCGUCAAAGCAUUUGCUGAAAGACGAGGACUCAAUUUGGAGAAUGGUGAUGCUGAAAAUGGCGAGAUCGAGACCAUUACCUCUCCAGGUGCCCAGGCCCUCCAGCAAGCGAACUCCAAUCUCACUCCUCACCAACGUCGUCAACAAGAAGCAUCACAGAAAGCCGCAGGUUGGGCCGAUAAGUUCACAUCCGCCAUGAUGGAGAACGAAUUGGAUGACAACGAACCACCAACCAUUAAACUGGGUGACGCGUCAGUCGCAGCGCCCUUUACCAGCAAGCUUGCCAACGUCAUCUCCAUCCCCAACAUCAUCCGUCAAGGCCGAUGCACAUUGGUGGCAACCAUUCAAAUGUACAAGAUUCUCGCUCUGAACUGUCUCAUUAGCGCAUACAGUCUGUCAGUCAUUUACCUCGCAGGCAUCAAAUUUGGUGACGGACAAGUAACCAUCUCCGGCAUGAUGAUGUCGGUCUGUUUCCUGUCGAUCUCACGCGCCCGACCGGUCGAAGCCCUGUCCCGUGAACGCCCCCAACCCAACAUUCUCAACGCUUACAUCCUCGGCUCCGUCCUCGGGCAAUUCGCUAUCCACUGCGGUACGCUCAUUUACCUGUCUCGUGUUGUGUACUCGAUCGUCCCACCCUCGGACGAAGUGGACCUAGAAGGCGAAUUUGAGCCCUCUCUCCUCAACAGCGCCGUCUACCUAAUGCAACUAAUCCAGCAAGUUUCCACCUUCGCCAUCAACUACCAAGGACGGCCCUUCCGUGAAUCCAUCCGCGAAAACCGCGGCAUGUAUUGGGGACUCCUGGGCUGCACGUUCGUUGCCUUCUCCGGGAGCACAGAGUUCCUGCCCGAGCUCAAUGACAAACUACGUCUCGUGCCCUUCACCUCUCAGUUCAAGUGGACGCUAACGACGCUGAUGAUCGUGGACUUUUGUGGAUGUUGGCUCGUCGAGCAGGUGUUCAAACGCGCGUUCAGCGAUUUCAGACCCAAGGAUAUUGCUAUCAAGCGGCCUGACCAGGUCGCAAGAGAUGAUAAGCGGAAGCAAGAGGCGGCCGAGAAGGCAGAGAAGGAACGUAUCGAGGCCAUUGAGAAGAAACGCGGCGUUCACAACAAUACUGCGCCCGCGCCAUCGGCGAUCAAGGCUGAACGGAAAUGA